AUGGCGCCCUCCGAAACCAUCCCCUCGACGACCUCAGACCCCGUCGAUCUCACCUCGACGCCCCAGUCCCUCGCCCGCGCCGUCUACGCCCGCCGCGCCGAGUACGUCCGUCCCCACCGUAUAAGAGUCAAGAUCGGCACAUGGAACGUCGCCGCGUGUCCCGGCACGGAUAAGGAUCUCGCGAGCUGGUUCGUCGACGGCUAUGGACUCGACGCCUCCCUCUCCCGCCUGAACGUCUCCGAUCGCGACACCGUCGAGACGACGAAUACCGUCCCUCCCACGCCGACUGUCGAUUGCAGGAAGUCGAAGGAGGAGACCGGUGACGAAGAUGGACCGAAUCCCAAAUCGCCAGUCACCGCUGCGCCCCCGAGCGAUAUACAUCUCGUCGGGGGUGACAAGAUCGGGCUGUAUAUCCUAGGCCUGCAGGAGAUUGUCGAUCUGAACAUGGCGAGAGAUUACAUGAACCGGAUGUACUCCGACCCUGGUCCCAUGCAAAAGUGGAAGGACGCUUUGGAAGAAGCCAUGCCGGACGGUUACGAGCUCGUCGCCGCAGAGCAGAUGUCUGGUCUCCUGCUGCUGGCGUACGCAUCCCCCGAAGUUGCUCCCACCAUAAGCAACGUCAGCACCGUCUCCGUCGGCACGGGUCUGUUUGGGUACCUCGGAAACAAGGGCGCAGUGACGACACGGAUGCUGCUUGGCGAGACGACGCGCAUGGUCUUCGUCAACUGCCACCUCGCUAGCGGCGCGGAGCAGACGUACUUGGACCGGAGGCUUUGGGAUGUUGGGCAGAUUAUGUCGCGGACGCAGUUUGACCCGAUUAACCUCGCCGGGGAAAAUGACGCUGAGGCGGAAAAGAUUGGUGACGAGGACUUCGCAUUUUGGCUUGGGGACUUGAACUUCAGGGUUGACGGACUGCCUGGGAACGACAUCCGCCGGUUGCUGUUGCUCCACACCCGUGGGGAGUACGACCUGGACAAGAAGGGACGGAAGGUCAUUGCGGGCGAGGAGGUCUUGGUGGUGAAAAGCUCGAAAGGGGGCAAGAACGAAUACAGCGACGACGAUACGUCUACUAUUGAGACGACGCUGUCGUCGGAGCCAAGCGAUGCCGAGUCGUCGAGCUCAUUACCAGAUCCAGACGAGUUUUUGCCGGACCCUAGCGAUGAUCCUGCGUCGCUACAGGCGACCCUCGACUCGCUACUACCUCAUGAUCAGCUGCGGAGAAUCAUUGCAGAGAAGAAGGCUUUCCAUGAUGGCUGGAGGGAGGGGCCGAUUACUUUCCUGCCGUCGUACAAGUAUGACGUCGGGACCAUCAGCCUGUUCGACUCGAGCGAGAAGCAAAGGGCGCCAAGCUGGUGCGACCGAAUUCUGUACAGGACGCGGAAGGACAAGGAGGAGUAUGAGCAGAGAGUGAGGGACAGCGAGGAGGCUAAAAAGAGAGACGAAGAGAUGACGGCGCAGGGAAUGGAUCAUGCGACGGACGACGAGAGCGUUCUUUUCGACUACGACCCAGACGCUGACGGCGAUGAGCCACCACCAACGGGCGAGGCCGGUGUCGACUACGACGAGUACGACGAGGAGGAUAACGAGCCGGAGGAGGUCAUCACCAAGGAGGGCUUCACGGACAGGAUACAGCUUGACAUCUAUACGUCUCAUCAACGAAUCAUCUCGUCAGAUCACAAACCGAUCAUAUCUGUGUUUACACUAGACUAUGACGCCGUGGUGCCCGAUCUCAAGGCCAAGGUCCAUGCGGAAGUCGCAAAGGAGCUGGAUCGGGCUGAGAACGAGGGACGGCCGUUGAUCACGGUAGUACUCGACAAUCACGACCUCCAAGCCAAGGACGAAGCCGGCGCCACGGAACUAGGCGAAGCCGUGGACUUUGGAGACAUCGGGUACCGCAGCAGACAUACCGCAACUCUUACCAUCGCAAACACCGGCCGUGUACCAGCGAAGUUCGCCUUCGUCGAGAAGCCAACUAUUGAGGACGACUCCGCAAGUCCACCGCCUUGGCUCAGCACCUCGUUCAGAAGACCAGACCCCGAUGCCAACGAGGAACAGCCCGAUCUUGGCAGCGAUGUCACCCUUGAGCCCGGCGAGACGGUCAGUGGCGUGCUAGAAGUCUUCGUCAGCGACAUGUCCCAUGUGCGCUCCCUCAACGACGGUCGAUCAACGCUGGAAGACAUCCUCGUUCUUCGUGUGGAAGACGGCAGAGACCACUUUGUCCCCAUUCGCGCGUCCUGGCUCCCGACAUGCUUCGGCCGUUCGAUCGACGAACUCAUUCGUACCCCGGACGGCGGCAUUCGGAAAUUCGUCAGAUUCAGGGUCCCCUCGGGCUCCGGCUCGAUUCCCUACGAUCUAGACGUGCACUGCGCCGCGCCCAAGGAGCUGUUCAAACUCACCGAGGCGGUGGAAGUGAUGACCUCUCGCGCGAUCGCCGACGCGAACAUGAUCGAAGAGCACCUCAUCCCCGGCGACAAGCCCGGCUGGCCGUUUGACGAGACCGCGUGGCUAUUCAAAGACAAAGAGGCCAGGGACAGCCAAGUCCUAGCUCUCAUCGAGGCCCUCGAGACAGACAAACCCCUCGUCGACGCCCUCCCUGUCGAGACGCCCUCCCUCUACCGCCUCGAAGUUAUCGCCGAGGUCCUCCUCCUCUUCCUCUCGGGCCUCACGGACGGGAUCAUCACAGCCGCGCUCUGGGCCAAGAUCGAGCUCGCGAUCCCCAACAUCGCAGCGACGUCCCGCUCCGCCCCCGAGAUCGAGAACGACAAGGCCUCCGUCCUCGACAUCCUCGCCACGGCGCCGAACCACAACAUCGCCUUCGUCUUCCUGACCGCCACCCUCUCCAAGGUCGUCUCGGAGCUCGCGCCCAUCUCGCGCUCCGAGGUCGAGGCGCUCACGACGCCGAAGCCCAACCGGAGGAGUCUGAGUUUCAGGAGGUUGACGGGGGGCAACGCGGCUGCUGAGGCGGCGCUGGCGAGGCGGCGGACGAGGGAGAGGAGGGUCGCUGAGGUUACCGGUAGGGCUGUUGUGAGGGUUGGCGUGCAGGCUGCGGCGAAGGAGAGGAAGGCUGUUGAGGAGAAGGUCAGGGGUGUUAUGGAGAUUUUUGUGAGGAGGGCGUUGGAGGAUGGGUAG